AUGGCAUUCGUCAAGAGCCACUUUUACCCCGGGGCUGAUAUCCUCGGAGAUGUCUUCCACUGCAGCAGCUCAUCUUCUUUCAAGGUCAAAGGUGCACGUAUUGUGGCCGUGGGCGGUCAGAUAGGUGAAUCCGCCGACUACUCGCCUUUUACGCCCGAUGGCGCAGAUGGAUCGCAAUUCGAAGGUGGCCAUGCACAGCAAUUUGACGUUGCAAUGUACAACGUCGAGCGGGCUCUGGCUGUUGCAUCUCCACAUCUCAGUCCCGAAGAGCUGUGGGCGGGCGUCUACAACAUGACAUCGUUUCAUGUGGGCGUCGUAUCGCAAGAAGAGCAACUGGAGAUUGCAGCAAGUGCUAGAAAGUGGUUCAGCAAAGGGAACAACAAGCCAGCGUGGGCGGCAAUUUGUGUUGCAGCAUUGUUCCCACCAAAGUGCUUGAUCGAGAUUCAAGUUCAAGCUGCUUACAAGGAGGAAGACGCUUGA